AUCCUAAUUGCCUGUGAAAACGGACACGUCGAAGUUGUUAAGCUUCUUCUGGAUAAUGGAGCUUCAGUCAACGAGGUAGACGAGGAUGGAGACUGCCCACUGUUCGUUGCGGCAGGUAACGGACACGCUGACAUUGUCAAAUGCCUUCUGGAACACGGCGCGGCCACCGAGUUGGUGAAUAAUGCGGGUUGGUCGGCG